AUGUCAUGGAUCCGGUUGGUGUCUAUAAUAUUCUGUGCGAUCGGGCUAGGGAAUACCCUUAAUACGUGGGAAAACCCGGGAUGCCAUAAAGUGGGCUUUAAACAAAAGAUAAGCAUUCCGGAUUGUGUCGAAUUUUCCAUGAUCAUCAAUGCCUGUCGAGGAUUUUGCGAAUCGUUUUCCAUGCCGUCUUCGCCGCUCGCUCUCGUUGGACACAAGCCACCAGAACCGGUCACAUCUGUGGGACAGUGCUGUAACAUAAUGGAAACGGAGGAUGUGCAGGUGCGAGUGUUGUGCGUUAACGGCAUUAGGAAUUUAACGUUCAAAUCGGCCACGAAUUGUUCCUGUUAUCAUUGUAAAAAGGAUUGA